UUGAGAAAAAUUUAAAAGAGUAAAUUUAUUUUAUGGUGUCAAUAACUAUUUUUUAUUAACUACGUAUGAUAAUUAUGUUUACCGAAAGUCUAGAAUUAUGUUUAUUAUUAAAGAAAUUAUCAAACAACCUCGUAGUUGUCAAAGUUUAAACAUUUUACUUACCUCAAUAACCCUUCAAUGGCUCAAUAUUCUCGAAAGCCAAUUAAAUAAUACAUUAUUUAAUAAAUCUACUUUUGAUUUUCAUACCUAUUUAUCUUGUCGAAUAUAUUCAUAUGUUUCACGAUAAUUAAAUUCUUAGAAAUUGUAGCAAUGUUGAAAAUCAAAGCUUUUAAUUUGUGUUUCCUCAGUGCAUUGUUUCUUUUAUCUGUUGUGGCAACAGAGACAUCCAAAGAUGGUUAUGCAAAAGACUCAAAGAAAAAGGUUUUGGUAGAUAAGCUUGAUGGUGGCCGAACACCCAUAGGUAUAGAACCUUUUGAUCCAAAUAAGCCCAUUAAAACAAUGGAAGAAAAGAUGAGGGACAAGGAAAUAAAGCAGAAGCAAAAGGAAGCAAGCGUAAGGGCAAAGGCAAGGGCAAGGAGAAAAGCUAGGUUAAACGGAAGGGCAAAGGCAAUGUCAAAGCUCUACGUCAAGGUCAAGGGCAAGGGCAAGGGCAAGGGCAAGGGCAAGGGUCAGAGAAAAGACCAAAGAGAGGAAUAGAUAAAACAAAAGGAUGAAGGAAAAGAAUAAAGGGAAAGGGUAUGGGACAGGGAGAAGGCCAAGGCAUUAUUAGUUGUAAAAAAGAUAUAUAAAAUAAAGCAUACACUAUAAUCAUUGCAAUGCAGUGAUCUUUUACAUACCAUGUAUAAUUGUUUAGGUAAAUUUAUCUACAUGAUCAUUUUUAAUUUUUUUAUAACAGAUUCGCCUCUUUAAUCU